AUGACUUCACAAGUAGCUCUCCACACAUUCUCUCAACCAGACACCAAAACUUCCACCGCCGUAACCGCCGUAACCGCCACCGACUCCGAUCCCAAUCUCCAUCUCUCCACCGUUCGUAGAACCUCCACCACCGCCUCACGAUCCACCAAAGACCGUCAUACCAAAGUUAACGGCCGCGGUCGCCGUGUCCGUAUGCCGCCUCUCUGCGCCGCCAGGAUAUUCCAGCUUACACGCGAACUCGGCCACCGCUCCGACGGUGAAACCAUCGAGUGGCUCCUCCGACACGCUGAGCCGUCUAUUAUCGCGGCCACUGGGACUGGCACUGUCCCCGCUGAUCCAGUUUCAGCCGUCUCCGCCGUUUCUUCCUCAUCCGCGCCGUCUGUUUCCUGUAAUGUUCAUCCGUUGUCUUCGGUUGGUCACGUUAGUCAAGGCGUGUUUGCUGCGGUACAGCAGCCCAGCUGCCGGCUUGAUCUCUGUCAGCCGACUGGGAUGGAAUACGCGGCGGAGAACAGAUACCGUCACAUGCCUUUCACGGCGUUGUUGUUGCAACCCACUACGGUGGAGGAGAAUCAGCAAGAAGAAGCGCGGAGUGAACAAUGA